GGCACAGGGAGCAGUCCGCCCCCACCGGGCCACCCACUCCAGCUCGCCGGGCUCGUGGGUUCCGGAACAAACAAAGGCCGAAAAAUAAUAGACAACUCGCGAGAAGACGACCAAACCCAAGUUUUUCGCAAACCCGCAGCGCCCAGCAGCCGCCGGAGUUCGUUUGAUGCGGCCGAGGAGGCGACCGGCAGACCGCAGAGAAGAGGAGGCCAGGAGGAGACGACGACCUUAGCCGCCGCCGCCACCGCACCAGCCAGACCCCGAGGUCUCGAGGCAGGCAGGGGAGCGAGCGCGCCCGGGUGCGGCUGGGGUCGGGGCGGCGGGCGGUGUGGCCAUGUCGGUGAGUUGUGGGCUCGAGUGGGUGGUGUGCCUGGGCUGCACGCGCUGGGCGUGGAAGCGGCUCACCUACAUCGGCGCCUACGACAGCGAGACGUGGCCGCCGGCGUCCCCCGACGAGUUCGAGCCCAUCCCGCGCCUCUGCCGCGCCGUGCUGGCAAACUACGACGAGGACCUCUCCAACCCCAAGUUCGCGCCACCGGAGCGCGGCUACUUCGACAUCGACCCCAGUGGCAUCGUCAAGCGGGCCACCUACGCGGACGUCGGCAACGCGUGCCCGCCCUACCUUGUCUACGUCGACGAGGCGCACAAGGAGAUCAUCCUCGCCGUGCGCGGCCUCAACCUCGUGCGCAACGCCGACUACAAGGUGCUCAUGGACAACAAGCUCGGGAUGCAGAUGUUCGACGGCGGCUACGUGCACCACGGCCUGCUCAAGGCCGCCAAGUUCAUCCUGGAGCGGGAGACGGAGACGCUGCGGUACCUGCUGCGCCGCUACGGGCCCGAGUACAAGCUCGUGCUCACGGGCCACUCGCUCGGCUCCGGCAUCGCCGCGCUCAUGACCGUGCUGGUGGUCAACAACCGCAAGGAGUUCGACAACAUACCCAGGAGCCGAGUCAAGUGCUACGCGCUCGCGCCCGCCAGGUGUAUGUCGCUCAACCUCGCCGUCAAGUACGCUGACGUCAUCAACUCCGUCGUGCUCCAGGAUGACUUUUUGCCAAGAACGCCAACACCACUAGAGUACAUUUUUGGGUCUAUCUUCUGCUUGCCCUGCUUGCUAUUCCUCAUCUGCUUGAGAGAUACAUUUAAACAAGACAAGAGAAAAUUUAAAGAUCCAAGAAGAUUGUAUGCUCCUGGGCGAAUGUAUCAUAUCGUUGAGAGGAAAUUUUGCAGAUGUGGAAGAUUCCCACCUGAGGUCAGAACUGCAAUUCCAGUGGAAGGACGAUUUGAGCAUGUUGUGUUAUCAUGCAGUACCACUUCUGAUCAUGCCAUUGCUUGGAUUGAACGGGAAUCACAAAAGGCUUUAGAGCUAAUGAUGGACAGCAAGAAGGAAAUGACUCCACCUCCGCAGCAAAAGAUGGAGAGAUUGCAAAGUUUUGAGGAGGAACACAAGAAUGCUCUCCAGCGAGCGAAGACCCUGGAUGUUCCUCAUGCCGCGGACUUGUCUGAAGAGGACAUUCAGGAGGAUGGUGGCACUGGCCCACCCUCUGAAACUCAUAGCGAGACAACCACAGAAACAAAAUCUGCAGGUAAAACGAGUUGGGACGAACUGAUGGAGAAGCUUUUCACCAGGGAUGAAGAUGGGAAACUUGUCGUGAACAAGGAUGCGAUGGCGAAGGAAAUUAUUGUCGAGUAACGAGUGCCGAGACUGCUCUGCCCAUGGUUUAGUUCAUUCUAUUAGCCAGCUGUAUAAAAAAGUAAGCUGCAGUUGUGAUAUAUAUAUCUACUACUUUUUUGGCCAGUGUUGAAAAUGUCUUUUCGAGAUCCGGUCAUUUUUUGGUAUAGAGAAGAGGGAUAGUACCAAGGUCUAUCUAGUGCAGAGGCUUCAUCUGUGUGCAUUAUUGGAAGUUUGAAGUCUUGUAAAUUUGUUAAUACUGUACAUUGUCAAUGGCAAUAGAUUGCGAAUUCAGAAUUUUAUUUUGGGCAAAACGAAAAUCCUUAUA